AGGCAAUGGUCCUGCACUGAGGGCUAUGUUGUGUGUAUGCGCUUAUUGAACAAAAUUUAGCAGCGGCGGAGUGUGGUUCAGAAGUCAGGGCUUAACCGAUCUUUUAAGUCGUAUAUUUUCAUUGAUAGACGGAAAUUCUGCGAUCGAGAUAGACGAAAAGAGCUGAGGUUGUAUUAGAAAAGACAACAAACAUGAUAACAUCUGCCGCUGGGAUAAUUUCACUCCUCGAUGAGGAGGAGCCGCAGCUCAAGGAAUUUGCUUUACACAAACUUGACUCCAUUGUGAAUGACUUCUGGGCUGAGAUUUCAGGAUCUGUAGAUAAAAUCGAGGUCCUGUAUGAGGAUGAAUCCUUUCACAGCAGAGAAUUUGCUGCCCUGGUGGCCUCCAAGGUUUUCUACCACCUAGGAGCAUUCGAAGAAUCUUUAAAUUAUGCUCUUGGUGCCGGAGAUCUUUUCAGUGUCACAGAUGACUCAGAAUAUGUAGAAACCAUCAUUGCCAAAUGCAUUGACCACUAUACCAAGCUGCGGGUGGAGAACGCUGAGCUGUCUGAGGAUGAGGAGAAAAAGAGCAUCGACCCUCGCCUGGAGGGUAUAGUGAACAAAAUGUUUCUGCGUUGCCUGGACAAUCACAAGUACAAGCAAGCCAUUGGCAUUGCGUUGGAGACCAGACGCCUUGACAUGUUUGAGAAGACCAUCCUGGAAUCGAACGAUGUGAGCGGCCUCCUGGCGUACAGCCUGAAGGUUUGCAUGUCUCUGAUGCAGAACAAGACGUUUCGCAAUGAGGUCCUGCGAGUUCUGGUCAAACUUUACAUGAAUUUAGAGAAGCCUGAUUUCAUCAACGUCUGUCAGUGCCUGAUCUUCCUCGAUGACCCGCAGGCUGUGAGUGACAUCUUAGAGAAGCUGGUGAAGGAGGACAACCUGCUGAUGGCCUACCAGAUCUGCUUUGACCUGUAUGAAAGUGCCAGCCAGCAGUUUCUGUCUUCCGUCAUUCAGAACCUGCACACCAUUGGAACGCCCAUCCCUGCUGUUCCUGGCUCAACAAAUACAGGCACUGUUCCUACGGCAGAAAAUGACAGUGAUGCAAUGGAGACGGAUGAAAAGCCUGGCAGCUCCCCAGCUGGAAAGUCAGCAGAGGCGAAAGAAGAACCCAAAGACCAGAACGCCAAGAUGGUCAAGAUUCUCAGUGGGGAGAUGGCCAUUGAGAUGCACCUACAGUUCCUGAUUCGAAAUAACAACACAGAUCUAAUGAUUCUAAAAAAUACUAAAGAUGCUGUUCGGAACUCGGUGUGUCACACAGCCACAGUUAUAGCCAACUCGUUUAUGCACACAGGAACCACAAGUGAUCAGUUCCUCAGAGAAAACUUAGAAUGGCUAGCAAGAGCCACCAACUGGGCAAAGUUCACAGCCACAGCAAGUCUGGGCGUCAUUCACAAGGGUCACGAGAAGGAGGCGCUCCAGCUAAUGGCCACCUACCUGCCCAAAGACACCUCACCUGGCUCUGCCUACCAGGAAGGAGGAGGCCUGUACGCUCUGGGACUCAUUCAUGCCAAUCACGGUGGAGACAUCAUCGAUUAUCUGCUUGGUCAACUCAAGAAUGCCAGCAAUGAUAUUGUUCGUCAUGGUGGAGCUCUCGGUCUGGGUUUGGCUGCUCUGGGCACAGCCAGACAGGAUGUUUAUGAUCUACUCAAGUCAAACCUUUACCAAGAUGAUGCUGUUACAGGUGAAGCUGCAGGUUUGGCCCUGGGUCUGGUCAUGCUGGGCUCCAAGUCUGCUCAGGCGAUCGAGGACAUGGUGGGCUACGCUCAGGAGACCCAACAUGAGAAGAUCCUGCGUGGCCUGGCAGUGGGAAUUGCUAUGGUCAUGUAUGGACGCAUGGAGGAGGCGGAUGCUCUCAUUGAAAGCCUCUGCAGAGACAAGGACCCCAUAUUGCGGCGAUCUGGUAUGUACACUGUUGGAAUGGCCUACUGUGGUUCUGGGAAUAACAAGGCCAUCCGGCGCCUGCUGCAUGUUGCUGUGAGUGACGUGAACGAUGACGUCAGGAGGGCUGCCGUCGAGUCCAUUGGCUUCAUCCUUUUUAGGACUCCGGAGCAGUGCCCCAGUGUGGUGUCACUUCUGUCGGAGAGCUACAACCCUCACGUGCGCUGCGGAGCCGCCAUGGCUCUGGGCAUCUGCUGCGCCGGAACAGGCAACAAGGAGGCAAUUAAUCUGCUGGAGCCCAUGACCAACGACCCGGUGAAUUAUGUGAGACAAGGCGCCCUCAUCGCCUCAGCCCUUAUCAUGAUCCAGCAGACUGAAGUCACCUGUCCCAAGGUGAACCAGUUCAGGCAGCUUUAUUCCAAAGUCAUCAAUGACAAGCACGAUGAUGUCAUGGCCAAGUUUGGCGCCAUCCUGGCCCAGGGAAUCCUGGAUGCAGGUGGACGUAACAUGACCAUCUCGCUACAGUCCAGAACCGGUCACACUCACAUGCCGUCAGUGGUGGGCCUGCUGGUCUUCACCCAGUUCUGGUUUUGGUUUCCCCUCUCACACUUCCUGUCACUGGCCUUCACACCGACCGCCAUCAUCGGCCUCAACAAGGAUCUCAAGAUGCCCAAGGUGCAGUACCGCUCCAACUGUAAGCCCUCCACCUUCGCCUACCCACCCGCCCUGGAAGUCCCCAAAGAGAAGGAGAAGGAGAAGGUAUCUACGGCCGUUCUCUCCAUCACAGCCAAAGCCAAGAAGAAGGAGAAGGAGAAGAAAGAGAAGGAGGAGGAGAAGAUGGAAGUGGAAGUCCAGGAGGUUGAAAAGGAGAAGAAGGAUGAAGAAAAGGAAAAAGAGAAGAAGAAAGAAGCAGAGCCGAGCUUCCAGCUGCUGGAGAACCCGGCCAGGGCGAUGCCGGCUCAGCUCAAAGUCCUCACGAUGCCCGAGACCUGCCGCUACCAGCCGUUCAAACCGCUGCACACAGGCGGGAUCAUCAUCCUUAAGGACACCAGCGAAGAGGAGGAGGAGCUGGUGGAGCCCGUCUCAGCACACGGACCUAAGAUAGAGGAGGAGGAGCAGGAGCCCGAGCCCCCUGAGCCUUUUGAGUACAUCGAUGAGUAGAAAUGACCCCGCAGCAAAGGUAUAAGAAGUCAUUUUGAUCCCUUUUGCGUUUCCAUGACGACCCCUGCUUCACUCCUUUUACUCGUUUCUUUCCGUUCCAGCUGCCUGUUUACACCACACAGGAACAUUAUCCAUCCCUGUAUUGUAUAAUUUGUUUUGGUCCGUUCAAUAAAAAAACUUGGAUAUACGAAA